AAUGGACCCCUCAAGGGUUCCCACGCUCCAAGGUUGCCCUUUACCAUCACCCGGUCGCAGAUGCAUUAAAAUGUUACGACGACAAUACGGCAUUGCUGCGCCGUCCUCGGUAACCCCUGUGCAUCACCCUGAAGACGUCCAGCCGAACGAGAAGAACGUUCAAGGUCGGCGCAACCUGCCACCCACGCUCGUUAACACCAGUUCGAGCGGCACUGCUGGUCCAGCAAGUCGAGGGGGACAUCGAGGAGGUGGGGCACCUAUGGCUCGAGGUGCAAUGACACAAGUUGCCCGUCGAGGAAAUGGUUCGUGGAGAGGGAAUCCAUCGAAUCGAGGAGGGCAACCCACUAACCAACGGCCAACAUUUCCAAUUGCACACUGGUCUAUUUUGGAGGCAUACAACCCUUCAAGCCAGACAUCGAGACGGUCAGAGAGCGACGUCGAUAUCUCGAUGUCCUCCGGCUCGCAGUCGUCGCUCUCGUCCAGCAGUGUAUCUUCCAACAGGCAACAGCAGAUGAGGCAGGCACCUCGACUUUCUGACGGUCCAAAGACUGUGUUUACCCCCCAUCCUAACUCUAAUAUCCAACGCAAUGCAAGUGUUGAGGAGGUAGAAUCUUCGACUACGGCGCACGGGCCACAGCAGUUGCGCAACAACAGCCCAUUAGGACGUACGUCCACACGACACCCCCAGUAUCCAAUCGCACAUUCGUCCGUUCCCGAAACUACAGUUCGAGUGUCGUUGAUUCAAGGUUCUGUUUUGGAAAUUCCGUCCACGACUCUAGGUCCCAGCGUCAAGCUAGUUUCACCUGCCCUUUUGCCGCACGCCACACCACCCCCACCUUAUUCUCCUCCAGCAGCAUCGCAGACGAAGGAUCUCCAUUGUUGGAUGGAGCGAUCGCGUUCUCCAACGCCGAAGCUACCCUCUGUACCGCUCAAACGCAGGAAAAUCGACAACGAAGAGCCAGGGACACGUUGGCCGUCCAUGCAGUCACCACCACCGGGCUCUAUGCCCCCACCAUCUUCUAUACCACCGCCCUCUCGACCUCCUCUACCCACGCGACUGACAAGACCUCUAUCCCAACCAGUCAUCAAAGUUGAAUCGACACGUAUACCCGUCAAAUCCGAGUCUCUGUCUCCAGAGCCAGAGCCUUUGGCGUCCAGACCAGAGCUUGUAACAGGAUCGUGCACAAGGUUCCUGUUGCCCGAAGAGUGUUUGAAGACGAACCCGGCAUACAAGGAGAACCGACAGCGAUUCGUAAAAGAGAAAGCUCAAGAAAUCAGGAGGCUUGGGCUACAAAGGACGAAGAUUAUGCUGAGAGAUGAUGGUCUCGUCAUUGAGUGGAUGAGCCCUGUGCCUGUAUGGUCCGACACUUACCUUCCUGAAGAUGUUGAAGUAGUCGACGGCCCAGCUCCAUCUCCGAGUCCCAGUCCAGCAAAACGUAGACGAACACAAGAAACUCCCGAGUCUGAACUCUCUUUCUCCCAACCCCAACCCACCCCACUACCAUUGACCCCACCGGUCAAAAAGAAGCUUGUUAGUACGCAAGGCCCUGCGUCAUCUGUCUCCGGCUCGCAUGCGCGGUCGAGGUCUGGUUCGUGCAGUAAACCACCUUCCUCGUCUGCUCCGCCAGCCGCCUCAUCCUCGAGGCAUGUCUCUUCUUCCUCAAAACCUGCCCCUCCAUCUAAAUCUACCUCUAAGAAGACCCCCACUCCCGCUCCCGCCUCCUCUUCGUCUCAGCCACCCGCAACGACCAGGACCGCAUCGUCUGCUCUUUCAUCCACGUCAGCCCCAGCGUCGACCGUACCAUCGACCGUACCAUUAAAUGCUAGUGGGCAUAGGAGGAUGAAAGCGAGAAAGGGAGCUCCAGUUAGACACUGGGCGGAUGGGAUACCGAAGGAGGAAGUUGAUCGAUUUAUCGGGGUGAAGGUCGUGCAGGACGAGGACGAGGAUGAGGAUGAAAUUCAGGUGGUAGCGGUCAAUUUGAAGGGCAAGGGGAGCCAAGUUUCGAAGAGCCCCAGUGUUACGAAGGCAGGCUGGCAUACACAAUCCCAACCGCUGUCGCCACCUCUAUUUCAACCUCUAUCUCAGCCUCUAUUUCAUUCACUCUCCCAACCGCUAUCUCGACGAUCAUCUCAACCACAACCCCAAUCGUUGUCUCAACCGCUUCCUCAAUCGAAGGCGAUCCCGGGGCCAAAACCCAAGGGCCCACCGCCACCACUCCCAACGCGGAUGAGCCUGCCGGUCGUGAAGUCUCCAGUUUCAGAGUCCUCCACAGCGUUGACUGCUACGAGCGCAAUGCCAAUCCAGAAACGAGAGACGUCUACCGCAGCGCCGGUACUGGUGCCCAUUCCGUCUCGACUGGCCGGCAACUCCGCAAAGCCCAUUUCUGCUGAUCGUGAUCCGGUGCCGAACUUUGGCUACCGUGUUAUUAAGCCGACCCAUCCAACCGUUAUUGCAAAGGUGGAGGAUAACGUUGUUAGCACGCCUGAUGUGGUGCCCGUAAAAAUGGAAGAUUCCUCACACCUGGGCAUAGAUAUGCCGUCACCCCAGAUGGAGAGAUCAGCCCUGCAUGUUUCGUCUGCCGUUGGUGAUAUUUGUGCUCAUGUAGUAGAUACGGAUUCCAAAACCGAGCUCGUCGCGAGUGUGCUGCGGUCAGAGACUGCUGGAAAUGAGCAUCUUGAUCAAGACGUAGGGCUGGUCGUACAGGACGAAAAAUACGACGAUGCUUGGUCAAGCGAUGACGAAGAGGAGCCAGCUUCGGAGACGGAGCUCUGGGCCGUUGAGUACUUGCAGAGGUAUCUACAGCUGUUCGACUACAAUAGACUGGGACUCGGCAUGGCCUACGCAAAGGAUGCGAUGUUCUCGUGCCGGGUCCACCACCUCCACAGACCAUCAUAUUCCAUGGCUGGCCUCUUCGCGCCCGAACCCAAUCUGUCUACCAUAGACAGACCGUAUCCAAAUGCCUUGACAGUGACACAAGGCCGCUUGCAGAUCAUGGAUCGACUGCUAACAAUGGGUCCCUACGUCUUCUGUCCACGCGGCCAGGGGCGUACUGCUGUCUACGAUGUCGUCUCGCAUGACGGCCACCAUGUCCUGGUGAAGAUGCAUGGCGAGGUGGCCAGCCCCAACGCAGAGGACCCGAAUAUGGAUCAUGUGCUCACUCUAGACCAGAGCUUCGUCCUGAGAAGGAAGUCGGCGGAGGAUGACGGUGAUGAGAUAGACGUUGAACUCGAAUAUCAAGCAGGCGACAAGAUGAUGGGCGCUGCGGGUCCUUUGAAGCGAGAAAAACCAUGCGCUUGGCCUCUCGUAGCUGUAUCACAUCAGAUGACCGUACGCGAAGGCGCCCUUCUGCCCUUCGAGAACCUUCGCGAGAUCACGCCGUGGGUAAAGGAUGUUUUGGAGGAGUCGUCUCCGUG